GACUUUUUACAAGCUCCGUGCCUGCUUUUUUGGCCGCCAUUUCUCUGCAAGAUUACAGAUUUCCCGAACUGUACUCCACGAAAUGACGAAAUGUUCUGAAAACGCUUCAGGCGAUGGCCAAGAUUUCAAGAAACAUGAGACCCUCAAGUUCCAGUGCCUUGCCAAGGGAGAGGUUGUACAGGACUGCGUGUCGGAUUUUGUUGCCAGCCAACGGUGUGAAGGUUUCAUAGCCCUGUCGGGUUCCAAGAUGGAUGUGGUCACUUUGGAGAUGACGUCCCAAGCCCAGCCUCUCAAUCCCUUUCCCUACACACCUUCAUACAUCGAAUUGUCGGCCUCGGAGCCCCGGCCUCUGGAUGCCCUAGCCGAGAAGGUGGAUCUGGAGAAGGUGUACACCGACUGUCAGAUCCUAGAUGCCCAAGAGCUGGCCUUGGAAACGGUCUAUACGGCGGUUUGCUCCGCGACUGUUCCAUCAUCCCUUUUGAAGGCUGUGAAAAAAGCGCCGCGUCUACUGCCCACUGGUAACUAUCUCCUGGCGGUCCUCAACACUCAUGGAUCGCUAACGCUGCUGACCAAGUCGGUGGAAUGCACACUAUGGAGUCGCUUCGAAAGUCUCAACGUGCCCCUCACUCUAAGGGACAAUCUCCUGCCGAGUGUCGAGGCAGAUGGGAUAAGUACUUUCGGCCAAUACAAAGCCAUGAUGGACCAGGCAUGGAUCACAAUGUUUGCUUGGCUUGGCGAGGAAUCGGAGGGGGUGGAGAACCAUUCCUUGGUUCUGGGAACUGCCAAUGGAGGCCUGUGGAUCCUCAAGCUCUCUGCCGAUGCCCAGACACUAGAAGAUCACAUUUAUCUCGAAACCAAACUGGAUCGUAUUUGCUUUCUGCAUACUUUCGAUAAUCUGCUGCUUGUAGCCGAUGUCAUGGGAAGGGUGCAUCUGUACCGCUUCACCGAAUGGUCCAAUGGCGGACUGACCCUGGUCCGAAGUCUGUGGGAGAGGGCGGAUCGCAUGGGUCUGCAAGUGGGUACGAUUUCUCGAAGCUUGGAGGGGAACUGCUAUUACAUAACCUGCUGCAAGGCAGCGCAUUUGCUGACCUGGUGCCUUCAAGGAGAGGACUGCUUGGAAGCACGUCUGCAUGUCGGCGGAAUAAAGAUCACGGCGUUGUGCAGCCUAGACUACCAGAGUUAUGUGGUGGGAACGGCAAGUCAGGAACUGAAACUCAUUCAAGUAACCCACCAGGGUAGCCAGAUCCACAUUAAGAUGCAGCCGGUGACCGUGGAAGACAUGAGUGACUUCCAGGUGGUGGGACUCGCCACUAGCAGGAACAAGAAUCUGCUGACCCUGCUCCUCUACCCCGUUAAGGAGUACAUAAAUGCGAAAAAAACUGAAAAGAAUAUUGUGUACGUUCAAGUGGGCCAACUCCAUGAGCAUGAUGUCCUAGCUCGGCUCACCGAUAGCCUAAAUUCCGACAAACCCAUCAAUGUCUGCCUGGACUACCUUGCCGAACUUCGCAUCAAGAUAUUUUCCCAGAAGGACUUACAGGGAUACUCGAAUUUUAGUCCGUUGGAUGCCUUUAAUUUCGCGGAGCCGGCCACGGAAGCCCAGCUGCAUCAACUGCAACUGAAAUACCAUGUCCUGACGACGGUAGGCGAACUGCAAAUGGCCCACCUGCACCUUUCCACGCUCAUCAAAAAGACGCAGGACGAAACCCAACUGCUUCUGGCAAUGCUGGCCACCACGCACAUAAGACUUCGACUCCAGUAUCUGGGUUCCCUCGACAAUCUGUCAGGAUUUCAGGAGCAAGCUGCGAACUGCAUGCUGGCGGAGGCCCAGCGCCUAUGUAAUGGCCUCCAAAAAGAUUUGACGGGAGAGGAGCAUCCUCUCAAGGAUACCACAAGACACUUUCUGCAUCAAAUAGAGAAUCACUUUCAAGAGCUACGCAAAAAGUUUGCCAAGAUCAGUGUAACAAAUCCUGUAGAGGAGCAGACAGCUCUGUGGUGUUCCAUUUCUUAUGUGGAGAUUGAGCCCAGCUUGGAGAAUCGCUACUGCAGCCUGUGCAGUCGGCAGGUCCUGAUGCAGAUCCAGGACCUGCAGCAGCUGUUCGACCCCAACCUGACCCCCCAGCUGGUGUGUCCUUUCUGCCACGGGAGCUUCACCCAGGAACUGUUAACUGCAUAAACGUAAAAUUUAUUUUCAACCUUAAACCAAGACAUAUUUUUGGAUCAAAGAAUAUUGGUUAUAGUCCCCCAAGGGGAGAGAGAAAGAAAAAGAUAAUGAGGUGCAGCUAAUACUCGGAAACAUAAAUAAUGGGCGUAGUCUCGAUCAAGAGGAUGUCCUGCUCCACCUGUCGCAGAUCGUGCUCCAGCUUGCUCUUGCGCUGCCGCUUGGCAAUAUUAUCAAUCAACAGCGACAUGGACUGAUACUGCUUGGUCAUCUCCGUCAAACUCAUCCGUAGUCCUUCCAGGAUCUCGUUGCGCUCAGUCAGUUCCAUCACCCGCAUGCCAGGCAUUUCUGGUGGACCGGCUCCGGCGGUGGCACCUGCAGCCCUGGUGAAUCCCUUGAUGCCGCGACAGAGUUCCAGAAGACGCUGCUGCUCCUUGGCACACACCGCAUUCAUUUCGGCCAGCAACUUUUUGGUUUUCUUGAGAUAGACCGGCACCUUGCCGAAAUCCUUUCGACAAAUAAACUGCGGCACCAAGCCCGAGUUCAUGAGA